AUGGAUGCUUAUUCUAGCUAUAACCAAAUCCUAACGCAUGAGACUGACCAAGAUAAAACUGCUUUUAUUACUUACAAUGGCAAUUUCUGCUAUAAGGUUAUGCCGUUUGGACUAAAAAAUGCAAGUGCUACUUACCAAAGACUUAUGGACAAAAUUUUCAUAAAUCAAAUCGGCCGAAACAUAGAUGUCUAUGUCAAUGACAUGGUGGCAAAAUCAACACAUACGGCAAACCAUGUCAACGAUCUAACAGAGAUACUGCAACAACUUCGAAGGUACAACAUGAAGCUCAACCCAGAAAAAUGCGCCUUCGGAGUGCAGAGUGGAAAAUUCCUCGGCUUCAUGCUAACUUGGCGAGGAAAGAAACAACAUCCGAUAUACUUUGUCAGCAAAACCCUUCAAAACACCGAGGUCCGAUACCCGAAGCUAGAAAAACUGGCUCUAGCUCUUGUCACAACAGCCAGACGCCUGCGACACUACUUCCAAAGCCAUACCAUUGUGGUCAGAACAGAACAACCCUUAAGACAAAUACUGACGAAGCCUGAACUAGCAGGAAGGCUAAUCAAAUGGUCGAUCGAGUUGUCAGAAUACGACAUCCAAUAUGAGUCCAGAGGAGCCAUCAAAUCGCAAGCACUAUCCGACUUCAUUGCAGAACUAACUUUAGAUGAGAAAGAUCCUAAAGACAACAUAUGGACACUAUAUGUCAACGGAGCCUCAAACAGCAAGGGUUCUGGAGCAGGAAUACUCCUCAAGGACGAACACGGAAUAGCAAUAGAACAAUCCCUGCAAUUUACUUUCCAUGCACGUAAUAACCAAGCAGAGUAUGAAGCUCUAAUAGCAGGACUGCGACUGGCUCACACAAUGGGCAUCACACAGCUGAAUGUGAAAUGCGAUUCCCUCCUUGUGGUACAACAGGUAACAGUUAACUUCCAGGUAAAAGAUACAUUACUAGAAAAAUACAAUACCAUUUUCAACAACCUCGUCAACAAUUUUCAAAAAUUCCAUAUAUCCCACACACCCCGCGAACAAAAUGAUAGGGCUGACAUCCUUUCAAAAUUAGCAACAACAAGAAGUCAAAGUACAACACCUAUAUUAUCUCAACUAACACUCAACGAACCUAGUGUUAUGCUAACAACAAUUUCGAGCAUUUCGCGGAAAGAUGACUGGAGAUCACCUUUCAUAACCUAUUUGCAAACAGGUAGCAUACCAAGCAAUGUUCAAAACCAAAGAAAGUUCAAAAGACAAGCAAGUUUCUACACAAUACUCGGAACCGAACUAUACAAAAGAGGAUUUACAAGACCUCUCCUAAGAUGCCUAAACACGGCAGAAGCCAAGCUAGCAAUAGACGAAGUUCACGAAGGCGUCUGUGGAACGCACAUUGGCAGCCGAAGUCUAGCCGCCAAAAUCCUCCGAUCCGGCUACUACUGGCCGAUGUUACAACAAGACUGCAUGAACAAAGUCAAACACUACGAUCACUGCCAACGCGAUGCGCAAAUCAUUCACAACCCAGCCGACCAAUUACAUACAUCCGAGAUAUGCUGGCCAUUCAACAAAUGGGGGCUAGAUAUCAUCGGACCGUUUCCACCCGCUCCAGGCCAGAAGCUUGAAGACUCAAAAGGAGAAUGGGCUGAGCUUAUUCCUGAAGUACUAUGGAGCUAUAACACAACUAAGCAAUCAUCAACAAGGGAAACCCCCUUUAGGCUCGUCUACGGAUGUGAUGCCAUGAUACCCGUCGAGGUAUCUCUACAAAACACCAGAACUACAAACGUCAACAAAAGCGACCACAUCAAAAACAGAAGGACCGAGCUUGACCUCAUCGAAGAAAAUCGAGACAAAUCAGCACUACAUCAAUUAGUUGCUAAACGAGCUAUAACUCGGAAAUACAAUAAGAAGCUCAAACCGAGGACAUUCUCAGAAGAAGACCUCGUUCUCAGAAGGAUAGAAGAUAUACGUAAACCACAAGGGCACGGCAAACUAAGCACCACUUGGGACUACCCAUUCCGGAUCCAAAAAGUGAUCGGUAAAGGAGCAUACAAAAUACAAAAGCUUGAUGGAACAAUCCUACCAAACACUUGGAAUACAUCUUCUUUAAAAAUGUAUUUCAGCUAG